AUGCCGCCUUUCUCGCCUCAGCGUACUGCCUUCUUGCCUCUUGCAACAUCCGAGUCCAUCAGUGAUAGUGGGAGCGAAGAUGAACUGGGUCUUUGCAUGUCUCCAUUCGCGGCAUGCGAAGAUGGCGAUCUAUCAGAUGACUGGCAGGAGCUGGCGCAGAAGCUGAGAGAGGACUAUCGCAAGGAAUGCUUUGACGAAAACGGGCUGUUUUUGCGGUACGACAAAGAUGACAAAAAGCAGGGCGGCAAGAGUGGCAUUCGUACAGUUGAAUGCUCCAAGGCUAUCAAAGUAUACGUGGACCUCGCCCCACAGGAGUUGAAGCGUGUGGAUGACCAGAAAGAGCAGUUCAGCCUAAUCUUCGUUUUGCAGCUCUGGUGGCUGGAUCCAAACUUGAAGAACUUUCAAUCUAAGCUUCAUAUCUCCCGGCCACUCGAGAGGGCCAAUGGCCAGAGGUCGGAAAGGUUUCUUCAGGAAAUCGACAUUGUGGUUCGGACGCUCCAUGAGAAUGGAGACUUGGUUUAUGAGGAGCUGGAGACCGGUAUGAUAUACGAAGCAAAGAAGUCUGAAUAUACAUUUCUCCAACCGCCCAACUGGGAGGGGCAUUUCUUCCCAGAGCAUUCUUUCAUCAACCAAGCGGACGCCGAAGAGGGCCAAGGCAUCCACAUGCAGAAGAAGCAGCUACUCUGGUGCGACGAGAACGGUGGCUUUGUGCACUACAAGGCUAAAUGCGACCGGGUCUUCGAAGAGACUUUGGAACUGAGGAGGUUUCCGGUAGACCGCCAGCUUUGUCGUGUGAAGUUGACGGCAGAGAUGCCUAUAGAAGAGUUUCAGUUCAUUACGAUAGAGACUGCUAGAAGGCUUGUGAAGCAAAACGACAUGUGGGAUACCGACAAUGGUCCGGGAAGCCGCUCUGCCUGUGUCGUAUACGUCCGGCAUCCAGACCGCUUCUUGCCUGAGGGAAGGAUGACGCAGAGGUCCCUGGUAAACCUGGUUUUGCAGAUACAGCGCAAGCCGGACUUCUUCUUCCACAGUGUUUGGCUUAUGGUCGUCCUGAUCAACAGCAUCAGCCUUUGUUCCUUUGGGGUCAGGCCGAGCCACCAUUCUGGCCGCCUUAGCUUCCUUAGCACAUGCUUCUUGGCUGUUCUUGCAUAUCGGUACAUUGUCAAUGACUCACUUCCGAAGAAGUCGUACAUGACUUAUGCGGAUCAGUACAUCAUCUUCGGCUGCUUGAUCCAAACAGCUCUCUGCGUUUGGACAUUCAUCCUCAUGGCUUGGUGGCGCAUAUCAUCAGACGAAGAUGAACAUGUAGAGCCAGCCGUGAGGGCCAGGAUUGUCAUGGCCGACGUGAUUGUUGCAAGUAUCACUGGAUUUGCCCUCCUCUUCGUGAACUGUCAUGUUUGGUGUUGGCAGAAGUCCGGCUGGUUUCGGCAAAGCUGGAAGGAUGUGUACGAUGACAACACGGAGCCGUUCUUUCCGAUCGACGAUUGUCAUCACUGUGGGGAGAGGAGGCUAAGCAAGCAGUGCACACAUGCAAGAAAGCAGUGCCAAACCUCGAACUGUGGAGCAAAAGGGAAAGAUGAAGUCCCGACGCGUUACCUUACACCCAUGGAUGGCUUGCGUGCUGUGGUACCGUCGCUCAAGGAGCGCAAGCCGAGGGGGAGAGUCGAGACGUACUUGAAGACUCACUAUUGA